CGCUACAGCAGAACUGUUUUUACUCGCCAGCUGAUCGUUCGCGACCCUCACUGAUUUGGGUAAAGCGGCUCUGAAGCAGAUGAAGCUGCCUCUCCAGCCACUGCUGUUCUGGCGAAGAGUUGGCAAAAGUUUGUCUGCAGAGGCAGGGAGGCGCAGCAUGUGCAGCAAAGCCAUGCGACUGGUGCAGUUCUGUCGUCGUGGAGAGGAAGGGGUGGUGAGAGUCGGUGCAGAAGUGGGAGAACGUCAAGGUGUUGUUGACUUCAAGAAGUUUGACUCCUCGCUGCCCUCCACUAUGAAGGAAUUCUUGGAGAUGGGGGAAAAGGGCAUAGAGCGUGCGCAAAGAGCACUUUCUAGUGGCCAGUUUGUGGUUCCCUGGUCUGAAGUGAACCUGUUGCCACCAGUGACAAGUCCAGACAAGGUGGUCUGUGUGGGCAUGAACUACCGAGACCACUGCCUAGAGCAGAACGCCCCCAUCCCGAAAGAACCAAUCAUCUUCAGCAAAUUCCCCAGCGCCAUUACGGGCCCCUUUGAUGACAUCAUUCUGCCUGAUGAGAGCCAGGAGGUGGACUGGGAGGUGGAGCUGGCCUUUGUAAUAGGGCGAAAAGGAAAACGCAUAAAGGAGGAAGAAGCUCUUUCUUAUGUUGCCGGUUUCACAGUGGCCAACGAUGUCAGUGCACGUGAUUGGCAGACGCAUCGCAAUGGGAAACAGUGGCUGCUGGGAAAAACUUUUGACAGCUUCUGUCCCUUAGGCCCUGCCUUGGUCAUCACCACGAUGUUGAAAGACCCUCACAGCCUGGGGAUUCGCUGCCGUGUGAAUGGCACUGUGGUCCAGGAUAGCAACACCAACCAGAUGAUCUUCAACAUAGAGAAGCUUGUGGCUUGGGUUUCAAAAUUUGUGACACUGUGUCCAGGUGAUGUGUUCUUGACAGGGACCCCUCCCGGAGUUGGCCUGUUCAGGAAGCCACCCAUCUUUCUCAAGAAAGGUGACGUGGUGGAAUGUGAAAUUGAUGAAAUCGGUGUGAUCCGCAACACGGUGGUCUGAAGUGGGGAAAAUAAAACCUUCCCUUGAACUCCUAUCACAUGAAACAACCGAUUACGAUCAUUUUCUGUCAGGACUGCACCAUUUGUUUUUCUAGUCUUUGCAACUAACAUUCAACAUAACCAAGAUAAGAUGUUACAUUCCGUGUGCAUAUAUCAACUGCUGUAGACAAGGCCCCGUUCCACCAGCCUCACCAGCUUGCACAUGAAGCCCCAGAGAAAAAUCCGGCAUUGACAACGUAUAGUACACGUCCAUCACUGAGGACCAAGCGGCUUCAUUUCCUUCCCAAACACCACACUGAGCCACAUGGUGCCAAAUUGUGUUUCAGCAUUAAUACUGCAGAAUAGCAUGUGUUUUUAAAUACAAGAAGUCACAAAUAGUAAAUUUUAGGUUGUGUGCACACUGAUCAAAUUAAACAGAAUUAAAUGCUUUUGUCCUAUUUCAUUAAUUGCAGUAAUUUUUCGUUACAUAAAGAAAAAUUGAUUAAAUUUAGUCUGUUACUGCAGAAUUUACAAGCUUACAGAACUGGCAUGAAAAUACAGCAUACAAGAGUGAAUGUCUUAAGACUGUUUUUCAAAACUAAAUGUGACUGGUUAAUGAUCCACUUCACAAGAUUGUAAAUAUGCACAGCUAGCUCACGACUGAUUGUACUUUGAACAAGUGUUCAAAAUGCUUCAGUUUGUCAGCUUAUUAAAAUUGGUGACAGGAUGCCCUUUUUUUUUUUUCUUUUCUAGUUCAAAGUUGCUUUUACCACUAAGUUACAGUCAAUAACAGCCAUGCAAUACCCAUGUUCAAAGCAGGAUUGCUAUGAUCCUGGGCUUGUUGCGGGAACACAGGGUAUGGGGCAGGUAAACGCUGAACGAGAUGACUUUCGCUGCGUAAUAUUUAUCCUACUUUUUUAAAUUAACUUCAAACUACAUUGAUAUUAAAACUCAGUUUAUAACUACUGUAAAUAAAUCUUAUCUCCAAAACCUUCCAUUCAGUCCUGAUUGCUGAGUGAUUUAAUGGAUGGUCGUAUCCAUUGUUCAUCAGCUUCUGACUACUUUGAUUCCUUUACUGUCUACACAAUUAAUAAAAGCUUAAA